AUGGCGAAGAUUCCAGUCCGAACCGACGAGAUCACCUCGACGACGGGUACACAGGCUCCGGUGCGAAAGCCAAAGUUUGCGGAUUAUCUCAGGGUCUUCACCUAUGCAACGAAAUGGGACUUCUUCGUCUACGUGGUUGCGGCGUUCGCGUCCAUCGCCGCGGGUGUGACGCUACCUCUGAUGAACAUCAUCUUUGGCCAGCUCGUCGGCCAGUUCACAGGCUACUUUGCUAGCGGCUCGACCGUCACCACGGCGCAGUUUGAGAGCCUCCUGAACCGCCAGGCCCUUUACAUCACGGCACUCUUCCUCGGUCGCUGGUUCCUUAACGCCAUCAAUAAGUUCUGCUUCCGAAUGAUUGGGAUCCGGCUCUCGUCCGCUAUCCGCCUGCACUACCUCCGCUCGCUGUUCGACCAGUCGAUCCACGUCAUUGACUCGAUGCCGCCCGGCGCCGCCGCGACGGCCAUCACUGGCACGUCUGCCACCUUGCAAAUCGGCAUCUCUGAUCGUCUAGGGACAUUCUUGCAGUUCAACGGCACGAUCUGGGCGGCCCUGGUCAUUGCCUUCAUUUGGAGCUGGGAUCUCACCUUGGUGACUUCGUCGCUGAUCUUGUACAUUCUCUUGGUUCUGUCCUUCUGCUUACCGGUGAUUGUGAAGGGGGAGACUGAAACGACGGAAGCUGAUGCCCAGGGCACCGCGAUCGCCAGCGAGGCUCUCGGCGGAGUGCGGUUGGUAAUGGCUUGCGGUGCGCAGAAGCACAUUAUCUCUCGCUACGAGGCAUGGGUGCAUGAAGCCAGGAGACGGGCUCAGAAAACUGCUCCGGUUGUUGCAAUUCAGUUUGGCCUCAUCUUCUUUGGCGUAUUCGGCGCGUUCGGCCUGGCUUUCUGGUACGGCACUCAGAGAUAUAUUGCCGGUGCCCUCAGCGAUGCUGGCGUGGUUGUCGUGGUUCUCAUGUCCGUCAUGAUGAUUCUGACCUCGUUGGAGAGGAUUUCAACCCCGGUCAUCGCUGUAAGCAAGGCAAUGGUCGCGGCAUGUGAGCUAUUCACGGUGAUCGACGCUCCUUUGCCUCCUUCCGGUACUCUGAAGCCAGAAAUCGAUGCAGAGGAUAUUGUCUUUGAGGACGUGACGUUCGAAUACCCUAGCCGAGCUGGAGUCAAGGUUCUCAACUCACUGAGCUUCCGCAUACAACCAGGUCAGAAUGUCGCCCUCGUUGGCCCAUCCGGAUCGGGCAAGAGCACCAUCGUCGGCUUGCUGGAGCGGUGGUAUAGUCUGAGGGAGCAGCACGCCUUGCCCCGGGUCGUGGAUGAUGCAUCGUCCGAGAAACCGGGAGCUGAGAGGGUCGAGAGCGUCACCGACGAGUCAAAGUCACUCAUUCGACCCGAGUUGGCCGGCUCAAUCACCGUCGGCGGCGUGAACCUGGAGGAUCUCGACCUCAAGUGGUGGAGAUCCCAAGUCGGUCUGGUCCAGCAGGAGCCCUUCCUCUUCAAUAACACCAUCUUCAGCAACGUUGCGAAUGGUCUCAUUGGGACCGAGUGGGAGAAGGAGCCUGAGACGGUGAAACGGGAGCUUGUUCGUGACGCAUGCCAGGAAUCGUACGCUCAUGAGUUUAUCAGCCGAUUACCUGAUGGCUAUGAUACGCGAGUCGGCGACGGCGGAGCGAAGCUUUCAGGCGGCCAAAAACAACGACUUGCCAUUGCUAGAAGUAUCAUCAAGAAGCCGCGCAUCAUCAUUCUCGACGAAGCGACCAGUGCUAUCGACGCCAAGAGUGAGAAGAUAGUCCAGGCAGCACUCGACAGAGUGACACAGGGCCGAACUACCAUUACCAUCGCCCAUCGGCUUUCAACCAUCAAGAAAGCAGACAACAUUGUGGUUCUCCAAAAAGGACAGGCGGUCGAGCAAGGAACCCAUCAAAGCCUCCUGAGCGAUCCAUCCAGCGUCUACAGCUCCCUGGUAAGAGCUCAAGCACUGAACUUGUCAACGCCUGGAAAGUCGGUGUCCGAGGCAUCUACGUCUGGGCUUGAUUCGGAAACAGAGGAGAAGGUCAAUGGCCAUGAGCACUUCAGAAGUGCCGCCUUUAGCGACACUGCUGAGGGUGAUUCGUCCCAUGAGCCCCGAGGCCUGGUCCGCAGCUUUGGUAAGCUUCUUUUUGAGAGGCGAGCAAAGUGGACGUCGUAUGCAGCCGUCAUAUUAUCUUGCAUGGCGACCGCGGCCGGCACACCGAUACAAGCAUGGCUGUUUUCCAAAGUCAUUGCCGUCUUCCUACUAACUGGCGAUGAGCUGAGGAGACAGGCGAGCUUUUGGGGUCUGAUGUGGCUCGCCCUCGCCGGGGGCGUCGGCCUCGCGUACGUCGCCCAGGGUUGGGUCGGCCUGCGGCUGCAGUACUUCGUCAGCGCCGAGUACAAGAGGCAAUAUUUGACCGACAUGCUUCACCAGAAGAUUAGCUUUUUCGACCAGGACAAGAACUCCCACGGCGCUCUCAGCGCCAGGGUCUCGGGCGACGCGAAGUUGCUGGAGGAACUCCUCGGGCUGAACCUGGCCAUGUUGCUCUCUGGUGUCUUCACCGUUCUCGGAUGUGUCAUCAUCGCUCUCAUCUUUGGCUGGAAGCUCGGCCUGGUUGCCAUGUUCAUCACGAUGCCAAUUAUGUUGGGCGCAGGUCUCUGGAAGUACAGACACGAGGUCCAAUUCGACAAGAUGAACAUGGCUGUUUUCGGAGAGAGCUCGCAGUUUGCCACUGAGGCCAUUGGAGCAAUUAGGACGGUCUCCUCUCUCGGCAUGGAGUCCACAAUCAAUGCGCGGUACGAGAAGCUCCUAAACGGUCACAUCCUCGAGGCUCGCCGCAAAGCACAGUGGACAGCUGCGCUGUAUGGAUUUGCCGACAGCGUGAGUCUCGGUUGCCAGGCGUUGGUGUUCUAUUACGGCGGCAGGCUCCUCGCCACAGGCGAGUAUUCCAUGGAGGCGUUCUUCGUCUGCUUCAUGGCCAUCAUUCAGGGCGCCGAAGCAGCGAGUCAAACGCUAGCCGUGGCGCCCAGCGCCGCGCAAGCAGCCGCGGCGGCGGACCGGAUCCUCGACGUUCGGGAGUCGGCAGACGUCGGCCAGAGUGCGACGAGAGGGGUGGAAGACAUUGUCGAGUCCGAAGGCGGCGUGCGGAUCGAGCUGCAAGAUGUCCACUUCAAGUACCCCACGCGCGACGUCGUCGUAUUCGAGGGUCUGAACUUGACCAUCGAAAAGGGCCAGUACGCGGCCUUUGUCGGACCCUCGGGAUGCGGCAAGACCACAAUCAUCUCGCUUCUGGAACGCUUCUACGACCUGAACCGGAACCACGGCUCCAUCCUCUGCAACGGCGUAGACAUCAACGAGCUCGACGUCUACGACUACCGUCGGAACCUCUCCCUCGUGCCGCAAGAGCCCAUCAUGUUCCGCGGCACGGUCCGGGACAACAUCCUCUUCGGCAUCGACGACCCCAGCAGCAUAUCGGACGAGAGGAUCCACGAGGUCUGCAUCGACGCCUUCAUCCACGACUUCAUCAUCUCGCUGCCCGAAGGGUACGACACCGACGUCGGCGCCAAGGGCGUCUCCAUGUCGGGUGGCCAGAAGCAGCGCAUCGCCAUCGCGCGCGCCCUCAUCCGCGAGCCGAAGCUUUUGUUGUUGGACGAGGCCACGUCGGCGCUCGACUCCGAGUCGGAGAAGAUUGUGCAGGCGGCUUUCGAGAGGGCGCGCGACGGCCGCACCGUCGUCGCCGUGGCGCACCGGCUGUCGACGAUUCAGAACGCAGACGUGAUUUUCGUGUUUAGCGAGGGGCGGGUGGUGGAGAAGGGAAGCCACGGCGAGCUUAUUCGGAAACAGGGCGUGUACUGGGAAAUGUGUCAAAGUCAGGCCCUCGACCAGUAG